GUAGCAGACCGAAGCGCUCAGUUCAUCACCAGACCCCAAACCCUGUACAUGGUCCCUUAAAGUGCAGAGAGCGACCCGUUCCCUCCAUCGGCUGCCCCACUGACCAAUAGGGCAAGAUGGCACGGGAUAUGUCCGAUAAGGACAUCCUUAAAAUGGAGUUGGAACAACUUCAGAAGGAAGUGAAGAACACUAGAGAGCCUGUUUCUAAAACUGCAAAGGAGAUUUGUGAAUGGGUAGAGGCCCAAGCUGCAGAAGAUCCUCUCAUAAAAGGAGUUCCUGAGGACAAAAACCCCUUCAAGGAGAAGGGUGGAUGCAUAAUAACUUAGCACAUGUGAUUUCUUGUGGCAAAAUUAUAUGAGGAUGUUUUACUUUGUCUGCUAUCCAAACUUGAAUGAGGAGUGAGCACAUUGUGCUUAGCUUUAGCAUCUCCACUAGACACCAUAGAGACUGCAAGACUUGAACAAAUACUUGACCUUACAAAAAGUAUUAGUUUGGGCUGUGCGUAUCUAUUCUUAUACUGAUGAUUAAGAAAGGGAGCCCUCUUGAA